CAGGAACAGCUGAUUAAUGGACUUAUUUCAAUAUUUUGAUUUUGAGACUUGAGAUUGUAAACAAAAUAAUAAUAAAGAAUGAAAUAAACUAAUCAUUUGAAUACCAAAGUUUAGGGCAACAAUGGAAAUCAAAAUUUGAAUAGCAAUAAAAAUGUCCUGUCCUGGCUGGUAUUGUGGUAGAAUACGUUUCCUAAAUGAGGCAAUCAGUGAAUGUGGUCCUUGUCCCAGGGGCUUCCGAAGAAACGAUACAUCCUUCAUCUGUGAAGAAUGUACAGACACCCCUUCCUUCUACGACUGGCUAUACUUAGGGUUCAUGGUACUACUGCUCUUGGUGCUGCAUUGGUUUUUCAUUGAUAUGGUCUCCAUGAAAAGACGUUUCAGUAGAGAUGUCAUUAUUCUGCAUGCUUCUGCAUAUUUUGAAGUUAUGGUGGCAUCUUUGCUUGCCAUAAUUUUUUCCAGUCCUAUUGGAUAUCUCCGAAUAUCCAGCUGUAGAGUAAGAAGAAUAUCAGAUUGGUACACCCUCUUUCAUAAUCCUACUCCCAAUUAUGAGAAAAAGGUGUAUUGUACUCAAGAAGCAGUGUAUCCAUUAUACACAACAGUUUUUCUGUUUUACGGUUUGAGCUUGCUGAUGAUGAUCUUUGUCAGACCUUGGGUUUGCAACAAAUUCACGAGGCACAAAUGCAAAAUGUCAAUUUUCGCGGCAAUGUAUUUCAUUCCAGUAUUGGUCUUGAUGCACGCCUUAAUUGGAGGACUCCUAUAUUAUUGUUUUCCACACUUGGUUUUGAUUCUGUCCGUGAUAUCCUGCGCAUCGCAUUUCGCCGUGAGGCUGGACCAGAGCGUCAAAGCCUUGAUACUGACGACGGUGACUGAACCGCGAAACGUCGUCAUUCUGCUAGGGCAUUGGUUUUUGCACGCCUACGGUAUCAUAUCGUUGACUCAGCUGGCCGAUCCUCCUAUCCACGCUUUGCUGAUCCUUUUGGUGCCUUUGCCGACUUUGUUUUACAUUUUUACGGCGUUGUUUACUGAUCCCAGCAAGUCGCAUUUUUAGACUUUUGUUAUGUUGUUAUUUAUAAAACCAUUUGACAGAA